GCGUGCGCGGCGCGCGCGUGCGGGGCCGGGCAGCACCUUCUCGGCCCGGCGUCUGUUUACCAACAAACUGCCAGCGCGCCGGGCAGCUACGCAUUCCGACGCGCUGAAUAAACCGCGGGCAGGCUGUUCUUGACUCCUCUGCAGGUCCAAGGCGGCAGAACCAAAACCAGCUCGGAACGCGGGCCGCACGAACGCAAAUUCCUGCAUCUCCGCCUCUUCGGCCCACUGCGCGGCUCCCCUUGCCCGGGGGCAACCCAGGGUCACCCACUCUCUAGCACAUGUGCCAUUAUUACCGAGGUCCCCUGACUGCACCAAUCACCUUGCAACCCCGACACCGUUCGUGGAGCGGACCCGGGGGCAGAAGCGCCCAGAGCUUGCGCUGCCCCAGAGGGUGGGUCCCAGCUGCAGGCCUCGGCCGGGACGCCUGUAAAGCAGUCUUCCCAGACCUCGCCCCCGCCCGGUCGGCGGUGGCUGCCUACCCGCUUGGCCUAUCCCCCGCAACCGCAGUCUCCCCUGAUCUGUCCUACUCUGGGCCGUUUGGCCACGUCCUGUCCUACUCCUACACCAGGCCAGCAACCCCAGAAGACUCCUACCUGCCCUGCCAACAGCCUGCGGCACCUUCACAGCAUCUCCGUGGCCCCGUUGAGAUCUCACGGGAGCCGCAGGCAGAAUUGGAGCAUCUGCUGUUGUCCCCAGAACCUUUGGAGAACCACCCCCAGAUCUCCACCAAGAAGCUGCGCAAGCCCAGGACCAUCUUCUCGAGCCUGCAGCUUCAGCGGUUGAACCAGCGUUUCCAGUACACGCAGUACCUAGCGCUACCAGAGAGGGCGCAGCUAGCAGCGCAGCUUGGCCUCACUCAGACCCAGGUAAAGAUCUGGUUUCAGAACAAGCGCUCCAAGUACAAGAAGCUCCUGAAACAGAACUCCAGGGGGCAGGAAGGGGACUUCCCCGGGAGACCCCCCUCCCCAUCGCCCAGCUCCCCACCCCUUCCAUCCCUCUGGGAUCUGCCCAAGGCGGGUGCCCUGCCCGCCAGUGGCUAUGGCAGCGGCUUUGGAGCCUGGUAUCAGCAUCACUCUCCAGAUGUGCUGGCUGUGCCUCAGAUGAUGUGAGACUGGGGCCAGGCAGCCCCUGGCCUUUCCACCGAGCCCAGGAUCCGGAGCACCUGCACGCCUGCUGGGACAAGAAGAAACCAAGUCCAGGAUGAGGAGCUAGAAGAGAAAAAGGCACAGAGUUAUGUCCGCCUAACUCCAACAGCUAAAAAAGGGAUCAGCCUUCAUCACUGGCCCCUUCCGCUGGAGGGGAUGCUGGAGACCGCAUCCUGGGCAGGACUGCCUGGGGACAGCCGUGCCCCUUCACAGGACUGCAGCUGUCUGCAGCCUGGGGUCAGAACCAGGAGGAAACACCGUGUGUAUUUUUUUCUCUGUGUGCCUUGGACCCUGCUCAACCCAUUCGUGAGCAAAAGUGGAAGAAGGCAUCCAGAGUCUUCUGAGUUGGCUGCCAGCAGGUCACAGCUGCUCAUCCAUCGAAUUCGCUUGGUGCUCGGCCAUUACUUCCACGACAGGGGUAUAGCCCGGAGGCAGAGCAGGCGCUUGGCAGGAGGCCCUGGGUUCAGUCCCCAGCACCCAGACAAAAUAGCACAAAAACCCUCAAAUGCAACAGAUAUUUAUAAGAGCCCCUCCCUUCCUCCUCCCUGCCUGUAACACUUAACAAACCCACAUAGGCAAAUUCCUGGGAGCCCAGAAGGCUAACAGUAUGGGGGAAAUGGGGACAAACACAGUCUCUGGAUGAGGGUGGGUAUAAGCACCCCCAAAUAGUUGGAGUCGGUCUGAGACUUCAGCUUCUUACCCUGUCUCUGUCCAGAGAAACUGCUCAGAGUCAUAACCAGUCUAACUGGCAUCCCCCAAGCUCAGACGCUUCCACACAUCCUGAGCUCCUAGCCAUUAAACUUUGUACAAAACCUGGACCCAUCUCCCAAAUGUGUUUGUCUCCUGACCUCACCAGGGUCGAGGCGAGUCACUCAUACCUUCUCUCCCAUCUAACUUGUCCUCCACCGAGCUAGGGACCGGAAGCACUGGAUUCCGUGUCCCUGGCUGGCCUUGUGGUUCCCACUCUGCAGUGUUCUGAUAACAUCCAUGCCUUCCUGUGCUCCAGUGGGGAAACCGGAAGACAGUCACGCUGAGAAGGAGCAAGACCCGAGUAGCGUUCCGUGCCGAUUCUCUCCUGGACCAGUUGUGGAGGGCGCCAGGUGCCUCAGUCCCCACUCUGCACCUGCAACCCUAGGUGGAGGCCUGCUCACCUUGGGAGAGGACACGCCCUUGGGCCAGCCCAGCCUCCCCUGGAGCAAUGUGUCCUGGGGAAUGGAAUGGCCUCAGUCCACCUUGGGAAAGGAAAAGGGAGGAAAAUACCAGAACCAAGGGGCUGGGGAUUUAGCUCAGGGGCACAGCACCUGCCUGGCAAGCAUGAGGUUGUGAGUUUGAUUCCUGGUACCGGGGAAAAAAAAAAAAAGGAAAUACCAGAACCUGAAUUCUCCUCCUCCAUCCAACACGCAUCUUGGAUACCAUGGUGACCAAGGCAGACCCGUCAGGUUAACAGGAAGCCUGAUGAGUGACCAAAGGCGAUGCGACAGGUGCCAGAUGAAGGGUGGGCCAGAAGGCAGUGUGGACACUGUCCAGGCGCUGUGGUCCAGCCUGGCUGGGGGUCAGUGCCUGGUGCAAAGGCUGGGGAGCAGCGGGGCCCAGCGGUGACUCCUGGUCACUGUGCCACUUGGCACAUGCCGCGCAGGGGUCAGGAGGGCUGAGGACAUGCAAAUCAUUCAGGGACUCCAGCCAGGCAUGGCCUUGGGGGCUGGGGAGGGGCCUCCAAUUCCAGGCAAAAGGCUCUCAAAUCCAGCUUCCCUCUUCCUGCCUGAACCUGUUCCAGGCACUGCAACCGAGGGUCUGGGGCGGCCCAGGCUGUAAAGCCCACUAAGGCCUGCCCAGCACACUCAGUGCCCGCAAGAAGCCACCCUGGGGUCAGGUGUCCAAAUGCCAGGCAGAGGGGCUGUCCUUCCAUAGACACUCUUGGCCUGCCUGCAAGCAGUCCUUCCUUCUGGGUCAGUGACCUCCCUUGCUCCCCAAAACACGCAUGGAGGAGUUUUGCGGUGGCAGACGGCACAGGGUGGGUGAAAGCAGAGGCCCAGGAGCAGCGAGGCAAGGGGGAGCCCCAGGAGACGCACCUGCCACCUUGCCUCCUUCCUUCCAGCGUCUUUCUCUGGCCCUUGGAGAAUGGGGCUGGCGGCUCAGGGGUGGCCCGGCCCUAGAUGCCUGCCCUGGGUCUUCUCUGAGGCCACAGGCCCUGGGGCGGCCAUUCCUCCACCGCAGGUUGCACACUCCUCUUUCCACAGAGCCCAGAUAAGAUCUACCACCCAUCUCGGAAAGCCUCCAAAGGCAGAUUAAUUGGACAGCCCAACUCCCGUCACAUCGUUAAAACAACAGCCUGGUUGUAAAGUUAAGUAGCAGAAGGAGCGUAAUUGCUCUCCCAGCCAGCGGCCAGCUGAGCUGACAGCACCCCUUCCUCUCCGCAUCUACCUGCCCUUCCAGGGGAAAUGCGGAUCUCUUUCCACUUGGGAGCAGGUCCCACUACUGGGGACUUCUGGGUGGUGAUGUAUUCCCAGACCACCUGGGGAGAGGCACCCCAUUCUGUUCUCUCGAGCCAUCAGGACUAUAGAAGGGCAGUCCUGCCUAGAAGGAAGCCCCACUGGGGACUUUGGGUCAAUAAAAGGAAGGAGCCAGGCGUAGUGGUGCAUACCUGUAACCCCAGCACUUAGGAGGCUGAGACAGGAGGAUCACCUAA